UUGUCCGGGCUCCGGCGGCGGCGGUGGCGGCGGCGGUGGUCGGUGCUGCGCGAGCGGUGGCGGCGGUGGCUCGGCGGGACCGAGGGCGGGAGCGGCCGAGACCAUGGCUGGAGGCAAAGCUGGAAAGGACAGUGGGAAGGCCAAGGCUAAGGCAGUGUCUCGCUCACAGAGAGCUGGGUUACAGUUUCCUGUGGGCCGCAUCCACAGACAUUUGAAGACUCGUACCACAAGUCACGGAAGGGUCGGUGCCACUGCUGCAGUGUACAGUGCCGCAAUUCUGGAGUACCUCACUGCUGAGGUGCUGGAGCUGGCAGGUAAUGCUUCCAAGGAUCUCAAAGUUAAGCGGAUCACUCCGCGCCACUUGCAGCUUGCAAUCCGUGGUGAUGAAGAGUUGGAUUCUCUUAUCAAGGCUACCAUAGCUGGGGGUGGUGUGAUCCCUCACAUCCACAAGUCUCUGAUUGGAAAGAAGGGACAGCAGAAAACUGCUUAGAGAGUUGUUCUAACCAACCUUUUUCCUCCCCGUCAUUGUACUGUAACUGGGACAGAAGAAAUAAUGGGGAUAUGUGGAAUUUUUAAAACAGUUAAGUGGAAAAGCAUAGACAAUUACUGUAGAUAUGAAAAAGAAACAUUUGUAUGUUCUUAGACUCGAAGUUUGAUAAAAAUAUCUUUUCAUGUGGCAACAGUUGUGUUUGAUUGGCUAGGUUUCUCCCAUGUGUUUUAUACAAAAAUGGAAUUGAUAAACCAUUUUUUAAAAAAGUAA